AUGUCGCGAGUCAGCUCGGCCUUUGUCGCAUAUUUUCGAAGACACAGCAGAAAGGAGUGGAUUGAUUACUUCACGUCGACUCAUUUCUGGGGUCCCGUCGCUAACUGGGGUAUCCCUCUCGCAGCUUUAGCUGAUUUGAAGAAGAAUCCUGAUUUAAUCUCUGGGAAUAUGACAGUGGCACUAUGCCUCUAUUCAUCUGUAUUCAUGCGAUUUGCAUGGCAUGUCCAACCGCGUAAUCUCUUACUUUUUGCCUGUCAUUUUACGAACUUGUCAGCCCAGUCAGCGCAGCUCGUCCGAUUUCUGAAUCACAAUUACUUGCACAUCAUCGAGGAUCCUGUUGCGAAAAGGGAUCGCAUCUCUGAGGAAGCUGAAGACAGAGCUGCAGGACUCCAUAUUAAAGUCGUUGGUAAUGGCGUUUGA